AUGAGUUCCUCCAUCUCUUUCAAAAGCAUUGUCACGAUAGGCCUUCUAAGUGCUUCCCAAUGGCUCCCAGCAUGGGCAGCGCCGCCGCCGCCGGGCAACCUGUGGCGGGUAUGGCCGCCCAUUGACUACAGCGACAAGAUCUACGCAGGCUGGGGACAGAUCCCCGUCGAGAAGGAGGUCCAGAUCUACAACGGCGUGGCCGAGAACCGGACCUACGCGCACCACCCGGAGCUCUUCGCCGUCGGCUCCAACGUCUUCCUCAUCUACUCGUCCGCCCCGGUCGACGAGGACAGCAUGGGCCAGGACGUCUGGAUCUCGGCGUCCAGCGACGGCGGGCUGAACUGGAGCCCCGGCAAGAGCCUGAUGCCCGCCGCCCUCCUCCCCAACCAGACGGAACUGCACGACUGGAAGUACUGGUGCGACAGGGGCAUCGCGCAGCGCGCGUGGCAGGCCCUCUCCUUCGUCCGCCUCCCCGACGGCGAGCUCUACGCCAUCGGCCAGUCCGGGAGCCGAUGGUGCCCCGGCCGGUGGGCGACCGCCGGCAGGAUCGCGCGCAAGAUCUCGCUCGAGGGCGAGCCGCUCGAGGACCCCUGCUGGCUGGAGAAGAACGAGUUCACCGAGUCGCAGCUGUACGCCGAAACGGUGUACGGGACCGAGUACGGCAUGAGGAACUGCGCCCGGGCGUGCGAGAUCAACGCGGUGCUGACGAGGCCGGACGAGGCGCCGGCGUGGUCGCCGUGGCUGUACAACAACGGGCUCUUCGCCGCCGACGGGACGCACCAGAUGGAGGAGCAGACGUUGGCCGUCUGGCACGACGACGCCGACUCGCCGACGGGGGGAUACUGGCAGCGGCACUGGCGCGACAUCUCGCCCGAGCGGGAGAACACGCACUCGGUCUGGGUCGAGUACAACGAGGACCGGGCCGGCGAAGGGUGGUACCCCAAGGUCAAGGAGCCGCUCGGCAACAAGAUCUACAAGACCAACAUCCCGGACGCCAAGACGAAGCAGUUCCUCGCCCGGCUCGACGGCGGCAAGGGGGACCGGGUCCUGCUGUCGAACCCGCGGUACAACGCGGCGGACCCCCAGCGGCAGCCGCUCACGCUGGCGGUGUCGAGCGGGGCAGACCAGACGUACCGGGCCAUCGGCGUGCUGCGGACCAACGCGACGAGAGAGAUCGUCCCGGACACGCGCGGCGGCAUCAAGAACCGGGCCUUUGGCUUCAGCUACCCGACGGCGGUGCAGGUUGGCGACAAGUUGCUGGUGGCGUACAGCGAGAACAAGGAGAACAUCUGGGUCAGUGUUGUUGACGUUGCUGCGCUGCCGAAGGAGGGGGAUGCUUGUAAGUAG